GACAGCAGCGUCGCGUCCAGAAGAUGGAGAACGUCCACCUGCUCCUCACACUCACGCUCUUGGUGGUGGACGGCGUUCUGACCCGAGCCAUCGAUGAAGGGCGCAUUAAAGCAGACCUGCGAGUCUCGAGGCCUCUGAUUUUGCCUGGUUAUCCAGAAAACACCACAGCAUUGGUCGGGGCGGAGGUCAAGUUGACGUGUAAGAUCCACCGGCCGGCCACCACCAAGGUCCAGUGGUUAAAGAAUGAGGUCGUGACCCCGGGAGAACAGCGCCGCCUCAGGGCUCUGACGGUCCUGCAGAGCAACAACUCCAAGAUUAACAGCCUCCACCUCCCUAACGUAAGCCUGCAGGAUGCAGGAGAAUAUAUCUGCAUGGCGGAGACCAGCCACGCCGGCAGGAAAGUUCAGUCCAUGCGUUCAGCCUGGCUGGAGGUCCUGCCUGCAGAUGGUAUUGAGGACCUGAGUGAAGACACCACAGAACACCUUCUGCUUGAGCCGGGGGACAUCCUCAAACUGCCCUGUGACACGCCCGGCCGGCCCGCCCCAGCCGUCACAUGGUACAAGGAGGGGACGCGCCUGCUGAACACGCCUCGUGUCCAGGUCCGCGGGGUGCUGGUGGAGAUCGCCGACGUGACGUACGAGGACUCGGGCGUCUACGUGUGCGUUUCCUGGGCAACCAAAGAGCCGCUGAGGAACUUCACCAUCACCGUGACAGACUCCUUGGGGUCCGGGGAUGAUGAUGAAGACAACGGCUUGGAAGACGCAUCUGCCGAGAUUGAGAACGACCAGGUUUACUUCUCCAGAGGCCCCUACUGGACCCACACCCAGCGAAUGGAGAAGAAGCUGUACGCAGUGCCUGCAGGCAACACGGUGAAGUUUCGAUGCCCGGCCAUGGGAAGCCCCCUGCCCUCCAUUCGGUGGUUCAAGAAUGGACGUGAGUUCAGAGGAGAGCAUCGCAUCGGAGGCAUCAAGUUGAGACAUCAGCACUGGAGUCUGGUGAUGGAGAGCGUUGUCCCCUCCGACAGAGGAAACUACACCUGCCUGGUGGAAAACAAAUAUGGCUCCAUCACUCACAGCUACCUGCUGGACGUCCUGGAGCGGUCCCCACACAGGCCUAUCCUGCAGGCUGGUCUACCAGCCAACACCACAACUGUCGUGGGCAGUGAUGUCCAGUUCUACUGUAAAGUCUACAGUGACGCCCAGCCUCACAUUCAGUGGCUCAAACACAUCGAGAGGAACGGCAGUCGCUACGGUCCUGAUGGGACACCAUACGUUCAGAUCCUCAAGACAGGGAGUCUGAACAUGUCCGAUGUGGAGGUGCUCUACCUGUCCAAAGUCACCAUGGAGGAUGCAGGCGAAUACACCUGUCUGGCUGGAAACUCCAUCGGCUUCUCUCACCAGUCUGCUUGGCUUACUGUCCUCUCAGAGGAGGAGGUGGCAGAUGAUAUGGACAGCAUGGAGACCAAAUACACUGACAUUAUCAUCUACGCCUCUGGCUUCCUGGCCCUGAUCAUGGCCGCUGUUAUCGUGGUGCUCUGUCGGAUGCAGGUCCAUCCAAGUAGGGAGCCCUUUGAUGUCCUUCCGGUCCAAAAGCUGUCCAAGUUCCCUCUUCGCAGACAGUAUUCGGUAGAGUCCAACUCUUCUGGGAAGUCCAGUGCUUCAUUAAUGAGGGUGGCCCGUCUCUCCUCAAGCUGCUCCCCAAUGCUAGCUGGGGUCAUGGAAUUUGAACUUCCCUUUGACCCGGAUUGGGAAUUUCCAAGGGAGAAUCUUACAUUAGGUAAGCCUCUGGGAGAAGGCUGUUUCGGCCAGGUGGUGAGAGCCGAAGCCUAUGGAAUCAACAAGGACUGCCCGGAGCAGGCCAGUACUGUGGCAGUCAAGAUGCUAAAAGAUGAUGCCACUGACAAGGACUUGGCAGACCUGAUCUCUGAGAUGGAGCUGAUGAAAGUCAUGGAUAAACACAAGAACAUCAUCAACCUGCUAGGCGUCUGCACUCAAGAUGGUCCUCUGUAUGUGCUGGUGGAGUACGCCUCCAAAGGGAGUCUGAGGGAGUACCUGAGGGCCCGCCGGCCUCCCGGCAUGGAUUACACCUUUGAUGUGACCAAGGUGCCUGAAGAACAGCUUACCUUCAAAGACUUGCUGUCCUGUGCCUACCAGGUGGCAAGAGGAAUGGAGUACCUGGCCUCUAAAAGGUGCAUCCAUAGAGACCUUGCUGCCAGGAACGUUCUGGUUACUGAGGACAAUGUGAUGAAGAUCGCUGACUUCGGCUUGGCCAGAGGAGUCCACCAAAUUGACUAUUACAAAAAAACCACCAACGGGCGACUGCCAGUGAAGUGGAUGGCACCAGAGGCCUUGUUUGACAGAGUCUACACACACCAGAGCGACGUGUGGUCGUUCGGCGUUUUGAUGUGGGAGAUCUUCACACUGGGAGGAUCUCCUUACCCCGGGAUCCCUGUGGAGGAGCUCUUUAAGCUUCUGAAGGAAGGACAUCGGAUGGACAAACCAUCCAACUGCACACACGAACUGUACAUGAAGAUGCGUGAGUGUUGGCAUGCCGUGCCGACCCAGAGACCGACCUUCAAACAGCUGGUGGAGGAGCUGGACAGAGUCCUGCUGUCAGUUUCUGAUGAGUACCUGGACCUGUCCACGCCGUUUGAGCAGUACUCCCCCUCAUGCGAAGACACCUCCAGCUCCUGCUCCUCAGACAACGACUCGGUCUUCACUCACGACGCCUUGUCCACAGACCCCUGUCUGCUGGGAUACCAGGACACACACUCCCGGAUAGACGUGAAGACAGCACUCCGAUAGACACACACACGCACACACACACACACGCACGCACGCACGCACGCACACACAUGCACA